CUACAACAAUUUUUUGAAGCUCCUAAAGCUCUUUGCACCUAAUAAAGCUCUCGCACCUAAUAGAAAGUCAUUGAGGGUCAAGUAUUGGCGAUUUUCGAGGCGAACAACUCUCCCUACUCCUUCCACCAAGAACAUACGUCUCCUUGAACACUUUCUUAAACUCGCCAUACUCAUAUUUACUCCGUUAAAAAUGUCUUUCGGAGGCCAGACCCCCACCAUUAUCGUCCUGAAAGAAGGUACCGAUACUUCUCAGGGUAAAGGUCAGAUAAUAUCCAACAUAAAUGCCUGCCAAGCUGUCCAAGCAACCAUAAAGUCGACUCUGGGACCUUACGGUGGUGAUUUAUUAAUGGUGGACGAGAAUGGCAAGCAGACUAUUACGAACGAUGGCGCAACAGUGAUGAAGCUUCUCGAUAUUGUGCACCCUGCUGCCCGAAUCCUCGUCGAUAUUGCGAGAUCGCAAGAUGCCGAAGUCGGUGAUGGAACAACAUCAGUAGUCGUUCUAGCUGGCGAGAUCCUCAAGGAAAUCAAGGAGCACGUUGAACAAGGUGUUAGCUCCCAAAUUAUCAUCAAAGGUCUACGGAAAGCUUCAGCUAUGGCGGUCAACAAGAUUAAAGAAAUUGCGGUGAGGACAGACGAGGCCAACAGACGGGAGACCCUAGGGAAAUUAGCAGCUACAGCUAUGACGAGCAAGCUGAUAAAGAAAGACACCCCCUUUUUCACCAAGAUGGUCGUGGAUGCUGUGCUAUCGCUCGACCAGAACGACUUAAACGAGAAGCUCAUCGGUAUCAAGAAGAUACCCGGUGGCUCCCUUACCGACUCGCUAUUUGUUAACGGAGUAGCUUUCAAAAAGACAUUCUCAUAUGCAGGUUUUGAACAACAACCGAAGUCUUUCAAGAAGCCCAAGAUUGUCUGUCUCAACGUCGAGCUAGAGCUGAAGGCCGAGAAGGACAACGCCGAAGUUCGAGUCGAGCAAGUUUCCGAGUACCAAGCGAUCGUUGAUGCGGAGUGGCAAAUCAUCUACAAGAAGUUGGAAGCUGUUUAUCAAACAGGUGCUAAGGUGGUGCUCUCUAAACUACCUAUUGGAGAUCUAGCAACCCAGUACUUCGCCGAUCGGGACGUAUUCUGCGCUGGCCGCGUCUCCUCUGACGAUAUGGAACGAGUAGUCCAAGCUACGGGCGCCACCGUGCAAUCAACCUGCUCUGAUAUUCAACCCCACCACUUGGGUACCUGCGGCGCCUUCGAGGAACGCCAGAUUGGUGGUGAGCGCUUCAACUUCUUCGAGGAUUGCCCAGAGGCCAAGACAUGCACUCUAGUCCUCCGCGGUGGCGCAGAACAAUUUAUCGCUGAGGUGGAGAGGUCUCUUCACGAUGCUAUCAUGAUCGUCAAGCGUGCCAUCAAAAACCAUCUAAUCGUGGGCGGUGGUGGUGCCUGUGAGAUGGAGAUAUCUGCGUAUCUGCAUCGUUUUGCGGACAAAGAUGUUCCGCACAAGCAGCAAGGUGUCAUCAAGUCCUUCGCUAAAGCCCUCGAGGUUAUCCCCCGUCAGCUAUGCGAUAACGCUGGCUUUGACGCAACGGAUAUUUUAAAUAGACUACGCGUGGAGCACCGUAGAGGCCACGUAUGGGCUGGUGUUGACUUUGUGAACGAGGGUGUUGCAGACAUGAUGGAACGGUUCGUCUGGGAGCCGGCUCUUGUCAAGAUCAAUGCCAUACAAGCAGCUACCGAAGCCAGUUGCUUGAUUCUAGGUGUCGACGAGACUAUCCGCAAUGAAGAAAGUGCUCAACCACAAGCACCUGGUCAGCCACUGCCACCGGGAGCAGCGCAGAGGGCUUUAAGAGGACGAGGAAGGGGUAUGCCAAGACGGUAAAAAGAUUAUAGGAUCCCUCAGGAACCUAUGGUUCUAAAGUCAAGGAUGCAUUAGGGGCGUGGAAAUGUACCUACUAUACCUGAAAAGCUACGUAAUAUAACUGCUCCGUUCUUGAUGUUAUGUAAGGAUACAAACUACUCGAAUAAAUCAAAAAUGGUCUAAUGAUGAACAUUGUUUGGAUUAUCUAAGCUAACUGCCUGAGUGAGGUACAUGAACCAGGCCCCUUUUUUCAUCUCGUGAUACCUAUUUUAUAACGUAAAUUUAUCAUCCC